CUGCUGCAGAUAGCCAGGCCACCAGGAGACCCCUAACGCCGCUAGAGGACGCUCGCGCCGCGGGGUUGUGACGUCAGACAGACAGGCGUGGUCACCAUGGACUCCCUUCUGGCGCGGGUCAAGAGAGCGGCUGAUGCUGAUGCUCUAAACCCUGCCCAGGAAGGUGUCACGGGCGGUCCAGACGCUGCCGGCCUCCCUGAUGUCUCUACGAGCUCGCCAGGGGGCGGAGGGGCGGGGGACAAGCUAAAGGAAAAGAUGGACGAGUAUAAGGAUAAACUCAUCAAUGAAAUCGAGAACAAGAAGAAGAAGAAGAAGGGGAAGUUGUCUGUGAACGUGAUCCAGGCAGCAGACUUGCCAGGCAUGGACAUGUCAGGGACCAGCGACCCGUACGUCAAGGUCUACCUACUGCCGGACAAGAAGAAAAAGUAUGAGACGAAAGUGCACAGGAAAACUCUCAACCCGGUCUUCAAUGAGAGCUUCACAUUCAAAGUUCCCUACGCUGAGGUUGGAUCCAAGAUUCUGACGUUUGCUGUGUAUGACUUUGACCGCUUCUCCAAACACGACCAGAUUGGCCAGGUACAAGUUCCCCUCAACUCCAUCGACCUCGGCCGCGUUGUGGAAGACUGGAAGGAUCUGCAGUCUCCAGACACAGAGUCUGAGAAGGAGAACAAGUUGGGAGACAUCUGUUUCUCCCUCCGCUAUGUGCCCACUGCCGGCAAACUCACUGUGGUCAUCCUGGAGGCAAAGAACCUGAAGAAGAUGGAUGUGGGUGGCCUGUCAGAUCCGUAUGUGAAAAUCGCACUCCUGCAGGGUACUAAACGUCUGAAGAAGAAGAAAACAACCAUUAAGAAAAACACCCUCAAUCCCUAUUUCAACGAGUCAUUUGGCUUUGAGGUUCCCUUUGAGCAGAUCCAGAAAGUCACGCUGAUCAUCACAGUGGUGGACUACGACCGUAUCGGAACCUCCGAGCCCAUCGGCCGCUGUGUCCUGGGCUGUAACUCAUCGGGCACUGAGCUGCGUCAUUGGAGUGACAUGCUGGCCAACCCACGUCGACCAAUUGCCCAAUGGCAUACCUUGCAGGAGGUGCCAGAGAAGAACUAAAACCAAGACAAGAAGAAAAAAAAAACUUCCGUCGCUGGUAAUCGAA